GCGAGUGUGUAUGUGCGGGCGAGAAGAUGGCGGCGGCGGGGGAAGCAGCGUGAGGAGUCGGACGAGCGCCGAGGCUCAUUGAAACGGGCCGCCAUGGCCCUCCGCAACCCGCAGUAUAUUUUUGGAGAUUUUAGCCCUGAUGAAUUCAAUCAGUUCUUUGUGACUCCUCGCUCUUCAGUUGAGCUUCCUCCGUACGGUGGAGCAGUUCUGUGUGGCGCACAGGCCGCUGGUGAGCUACCCGAUGGGCAGGACUGUCAGAGAAUUGAAUUUGGUGUUAAUGAAGUAAUUGAACCCAAUGACACUUUGCUGAGAACUCCCAACUACAGUAUUUCAAGCACAUUGAAUCCUCAGGCCCCUGAAUUUAUCCUUAGUUGCACAGCUUCCAAAAAGAUCCCCAAUGACAUCGAUAAAGAAGUGAACUACAGCUCAGCUGACUGCCAGUACCCAGGCUCUGCCCUCGCCCUGGAUGGCAGCUCUAACGUGGAGGCGGAAGUUUUAGAGAACGAUGGCGUCUCGGGUGGUCUUGGACAAAGGGAGCGUAAAAAGAAGAAAAAACGCCCCCCUGGAUAUUACAGUUACUUGAAAGACGGCGGCGAGGGUGGUCCUUCCACAGAAGCCCUGGUCAAUGGCCACGCCGGCCUAGCAGUCCCCAGCAGUGUAGGCACGGAGGAUGUGGACUCGAUGGGUGAUGUGCCCCCCGUGGGGACACCCAGGACUUGGGGCAGCCCCCAGGACACCACGGACUUCGUCAGCGACGCCGUGCCUGCUGGUUCUUUCCCCGGAGCCCUUGACAGCGGGGCCAGGACUGCAGGGCAGCCUGAGGGCUGCCCCGGGGCCAACUUGGAGCCCUCUCGCCUCCCUGCAGAGGCCAGCAGGGACACCCUGUUGAGGACAGCUGUGGCUCAGCCUGCCGUUGGGACCGAUACUACUGAGAACCUCGGAGUCACUAACGGACAAAUACUUGAAUCCUUGGGUGAGGGCACGGCUGCCAACGGGGUGGAGUUGCACACUGUGGAGAGCUCGGACUCGGAGCCCGCCAGGGCCGAGAGCGGCGCCCCUCCUGCGGACGCCGCGGCCUCUGCAGCGGCCACCGCCCCUGCCGGUCACAGUCAGCCCGCCAAGUCGUGGGCCAGUCUUUUUCAUGGUUCUAAGCCCCCUUCCUCCUGCGCCGCCCCCUCGCCUGUGGUUUCCAUGGAAGCUAAGUAUUCCCCUCCUGCCACAUCUUCCCUGGUCUCUGAAAAGCAGGCCGAAGUCAAGGAAGGGCUGGUUCCAGUUUCAGAAGAUCCUGUAGCCAUAAAGAUUGCAGAGUUACUGGAGAACGUAACCCUGAUUCAUAAACCAGUGUCAUUGCAACCCCGCGGGCUGAUCAAUAAAGGAAACUGGUGCUACAUUAAUGCUACACUGCAGGCACUGGUUGCUUGCCCUCCGAUGUAUCACCUGAUGAAGUUCAUUCCUCUGUAUUCAAAAGUGCAAAGGCCUUGUACGUCCACACCCAUGAUAGAUAGCUUUGUUCGGCUAAUGAAUGAGUUUACUAAUAUGCCAGUACCUCCAAAGCCCAGACAAGCUCCUGGGGAUAAAGCCGUGAGGGACGUCCGCCCGGGAGCUGCCUUUGAGCCCACGUACAUUUAUAGACUGCUGACAGUUAUCAAGUCGAGCCUGUCCGAAAAGGGUCGACAAGAAGAUGCUGAGGAGUACUUAGGCUUCAUUCUAAAUGGACUUCACGAGGAAAUGCUGAACCUGAAGAAACUUCUCUCACCAAAUAAUGAAAAACUUACUGUUUCCAAUGGACCCAGAAGCCACUCAGUGAACGAAGACGAGCAAGAAGAGCCAGGCGAAGGAAGUGAGGACGAAUGGGAGCAAGUGGGCCCCCGAAACAAGACUUCGGUCACUCGCCAGGCGGAUUUUGUUCAGACCCCCAUCACUGGCAUUUUUGGUGGCCACAUCAGGUCUGUGGUUUACCAGCAGAGUUCAAAAGAAUCUGCCACCCUGCAGCCGUUCUUCACGCUGCAGCUGGACAUCCAGUCGGACAAGGUACGCACCGUCCAGGACGCGUUGGAAAGCCUGGUGGCAAGAGAGUCUGUCCAGGGUUAUACCACCAAAACCAAACAAGAGGUGGAGAUCAGUCGAAGGGUGACUCUGGAAAAGCUCCCUCCUGUCCUCGUGCUGCACCUGAAACGGUUUGUUUACGAGAAGACAGGUGGAUGUCAGAAGCUUAUCAAGAACAUUGAAUAUCCUGUGGACUUGGAAAUUAGUAAAGAACUGCUCUCUCCAGGGGUUAAAAAUAAGAAUUUUAAAUGCCACAGAACCUAUAGGCUAUUUGCAGCCGAGUCUUUUGCGCCUUUGAGGCCUUCUGUGUCUUUGAAGAGUUGCUGGUCGCAGCAGUUGUGUUUGCGCCCCUGGCCGUUUGUCUUAGAGUUUUCCAGCUGCGCUCCCACCGCUCCCCUUGUGUUGCCUUUGCGGAGCCUGUCUGUAGUGACUGCUGUUUGUUAGCCCUCACACGUUCAUUGAGCCUUUUCACUGGAUACUUUUUAUGUACUAUCUCAUUUAGUCCUUACAGCGUCCUGGGAGGUAUGUGGCGCUAUCCCCAUUCUGUAAAAGGACAAACUGAGACUCGUGGAGGAACAUUGGCCGCUCUGUGCCCUUAAGUGGCAGAGCAGAGCUUCACACUCCUGCCCUCGGUCCACCCCUGAGCUCUUGGGAUGUUGGAUUGGGCCCUGGUCGUUGGGUGGGUCGGGUGCCAGGUUAGAAGGUGUUGGGCCCGGUUGGCCCUUUCUUCCCACCAGGACCUGCUCCCUCCGACUCGCUCUUCUCCCCGGAGGUGGCUGAUCACGGCCUUACCCCAGCCUGCUGGGACCUGGUGGGCAACACACUCCCGGCGUGUAGCCACCCUCCCCCUGACCUGCCUUGGGCUGGCAGCUCGGAGGCCUCUCUGUGGUCUUCCUCUGAGACCAGAGGGCCCCCAGGGUCCAGCCUGGCUCCCUGGGGUUUGGCACUGAGGUCCCAGGGUGAUGACGUGUUUCUCCGAGUCUCCCUGCAGCCUCCCUGGGGUCCCUGUCAGGGCAAGGUGAUGAUCAAGGGCAGGGUUAGCAAGUCUUGUCUCCUGGUCAGGGGGCCCUGGUGUGAGUGCACCCCUACCACUCCCGCCCGCCCCGGCCCGGGGCUUCUUCUGGAGUCACUCUCGCCUGCACCCCUGAAUCUGAGCCUUCUAAUCUCAGAAAUACGGUCACCGGAUUGGUUGCAGUUUUCUGUAAACUGUGAGUAAAGAGGUGCUUUUAAAAAUGGUUUUGAUUGCGGGACAAAGAAAAUCAGUUAAUAUAGCGCGUGAGCUUUUGGAAAACUCAUUCUCAGCUCUGCUUCUGUGACGUGGGCUUGCCGGGCGUCUGUGACACAUCACCAUGUUAGGUACAGGUCUGCUGCUUGAGAAACCUGCAUACGGGUAGAGCGCUUCUCUUCUGAAUAUUUAAAAUGAAGUGUCGUAGAGGAAACGCAAAUCAGUUAAACCCACAGGUCCUUUAAAUCCUACUGACCUGGUCACUUUAAAAAACCAAAACCAAGUCUGGUAGGUCUUAGAGGUGAAAAUCCAGGACAGACGCCCCACAGCUGGAUUUGGGGUCAGAGGGACAUGCUGGUGUCGGGGCUCCCCUUGCCCUGCGGCAGCCUGUCCAUCUCUGUGACCUGCAGGACUCGAUGCAGCCGUGAGCUGCUGCUGGUUCCGUUGCUGGUUUCCCACUUGAUGGCCCAACAGUCUUGCUGUCCCUCAGCGACCAGUCGCGUUCGUCCCCGGCGGGCCAGGGCCUCAGUGUUCUCUGAGCCCCAGCAGAAUGGCCUCUGCGCAGAGCCCGGCUCUGGGUGGAUUUGGAUGUCCCUACAAGUGGGGGAGCGCGCUGACGUUCAGCCUAUUUAUUGCUGAAAUUUCGUACCAGAUUGUGCCCCUCUCUCCAAGUGACUGUCCUUCAUGCCACUCACGGCAACGCACAGCUCACCCUGGCCACACUGCAGCCCCCCUCCCCGGAAUGUCACUGGAGGCUGUUUCCCUCACACAGGGUCAGGUCUGCUGCUGGCCCAGCCACCUCCCAGCCCCUUCUCUGCAUAGAAGGGGGAGGAUGUGCCCUUCCACUGUCUUUAAUACCUUUUCAGCAUCUUCCGACAGUUGUAUUUGUUUUACACCUCUGACUAAGGCUUCCUGUUUGAAUUACACAAUUUUAAUGAACAAGUACAUGGCAGGUAAUUUUUUCUGUUAAAACAUGGUAGUAGAAAAAUUGGAAAUUUUUUUUAAAAGAAAAAAAGAGCAAUGACCGGUGUCUGCAGGGUGACUCAACUGCCCAGUCAGCCCAGCUAACUGCGCUGGCGACCCUCCUGGGGCAGUGCUGUCCUUGUCACGGGUGACAGUCCACAGAAAACCUCAGAUUCUUGUUUUUUUCAUGUAAUGUAAGCAUAUUCUUACACCGCCAAAAACUUUUAAUCAGGUCAACGAAAAAAUUCACCUUCUUGUAAUGUAAUACACUCAGCAUUCCUUCGAGUGUGAAUAUAGGCUUUUCCAUGUUUUCACUUUGUCCAAGAUUCAGAUACUCUGUUGGAACAGUCUAGAAGUGGAAUUGGCUGGAUCAGGGCCUGAUGUUUGGGCCUCGGUGUGCGUUCCCAGAGGGACAUUGGCUGAUGGCUCUGCAGGGAGCGUCUCUGUGUCCUCCUUCCUAGGGGACUGUCUCCUGUAUCAAGUCUUAAGGCGGCUGACGAGCCUGCCUACAGGGCUGACAGAUGGGACGACCCCAUUAGUUGACAUUUCUUUCAUAGUUUGUGAGGUAUUGAGCAUUUUAAAUAUGUUAUUAAGAUGUAGAUGUAUGACUUUGUAUUGUAAAUUGUUGAACGGUUUUGAGUUGAAACAGCAUUGCUUUGUAUAACCCCACUUCUCUGUCCCACCUGCCUUGGUGCCAGGCCU